AUGGUUGUUGCAAAUAACCUUGAUACCAGGAUAGAGGAAUCUAUUCCUGAGGAACGCCAUCACUUCGACAAUGCAACACUCACACAUGUCCCAACACAUCGAGACGCUCCUGACCCCGUAUACACUCCUUACAGAACCUUCAGCGAACAAGCCAACCUCGACGAAUUCACAGAAGAAACACCAGCCGGUGAAAUACUCAAAACCAUAAAAUCCAAUGUUACCGGAAAACUUGAAGAUCACAUUCUCGUUACAUUUACCCUCAAUGAUCCGGAAAAUCCCAAGAACUGGUCGAAGGCCUACAAAUGGUACAUUACCAUGGUCGUGGCAUUAACAUGUUUCGUCGUUGCGUUUGCUUCUGCGGUCAUUACUAGUGAUAUUAUUGGCGUGGCUGAAGAGUUUAAUGUUUCGGAAGAAGUUGCCCUUCUUACUAUCACGGUCUUUGUUGUUGGAUUUGGUCUUGGUCCUUUGGUAUUCGCUCCUUGGAGUGAGUUAUCUGGAAGAAGAAUUGUCUAUGCAAUUACACUUGGAGUUGCUGUUAUUUUCAUCAUACCCGGAGCUGUGGCGAAAAAUAUCGAAACCUUGAUUAUAACAAGAGCUAUCGAUGGUAUCGCCUUCUCUGCUCCAAUGUCCUUGGUCGGUGGAACUUUGGCAGAUCUUUGGAGGAAUGAAGAAAGAGGUGUUCCAAUGGCUGCCUUCAGUGCCGCUCCAUUUAUUGGACCCGCUAUUGGACCUCUUGUCGGUGGAUUUCUCUCGGAUGCUAAGGGCUGGAGAUGGUUGUAUUGGAUUCAGCUCAUCUUAGCUGGAUUCGUCUGGAUUCUUAUCACCUUCACCGUUCCAGAAACCCAAGCCUCCACUAUUCUCGCCAAAAGGGCUAAGAAAUUACAAAAAGAAACCGGGGACAACCGAUACACCACCGAACAAUCUCUCGAUAAACGUCCCUUCGGCGAAAGAAUGCAACUCUUCUUCUUCCGUCCCUUACAACUCCUCUUCCUUGAACCCAUUGUUCUUUUUAUCUCCCUCUACAUGUCCGUUCUUUAUGGUCUCUUAUACAUGUUUUUCGUCGCAUACCCAAUCAUCUACCAAGAAGGAAAAGGCUACAGCGCCGGAAUAACCGGAUUAAUGUUCAUCCCCAUCGCCGUCGGUGUCCUCCUCAGCGCUGCCUGUUCACCAUGGGUCAACAAUCACUACCUCACCCUCGUAGAAAAACAUGGUGGCAAGCCUCCAGCAGAAGCCAGACUUAUCCCCAUGAUGAUCUCCUGUUGGGCAAUUCCAAUUGGACUAUUCAUCUUCGCAUGGACUUCGUAUCCUCAUCUAUCAUGGGUUGGACCUUGUCUUGGUGGCUUCCCGGUCGGGUUUGGGUUUAUUUUCCUUUACAAUUCUGCAAAUAACUAUCUUGUCGAUACCUAUCAACAUCAAGCUGCAUCUGCACUUGCUGCGAAGACAUUCAUUCGUUCGAUUUGGGGUGCUUCUACGGUUUUGUUUACUACUCAGAUGUACCACCGUCUUGGAUACCAAUGGGCUAGUACUUUGCUGGCUUUCAUCGGUCUCGCUUGUUGUGCAAUUCCUUAUGUAUUUUACUUUAAGGGUGAAGCCAUUAGGAAACAUUCCAGAUACGCUUAUGUGGAACCAGACGAACUUCCCAAAACAAAUCCGGUAGAAAAGCUCUAA